AUGGAGGAGGACCUUACAAAGAUAUUAAAAGGACCUGUGAAGGAUCAUUCUGAGUAUUUGAGAAAGUUCAUUUUGGCUUUCAAGAAUGAGAGGAAGGAACUGGAGAUAAGGCUGGGGAAAAUAAUUAGCAAGGAGGAUGGAAGCAGAAUGAGAGUUGAUACAGUGGCACCUGUUGUGUUUAGAAGUAUUCCUAUGGACUAUAGGUUUGAAAGUGCAGUUGACCUUAGUGAUUUUAAUAUUCUUAAAAAGCAGUUUAGCACUCUCAAGAGUGAGGCUAAGAAUGACGUAGUUAUAAUCAAUGAGGAUGGGAGGGAAACAUAUGAGGAUGGAGUGCUAAAGAAGGUUGAAAAGAAAACAAGAUCUCAGAAACUUGACAUAUUCAUUCCUGGGAAGAAAUAUGAUGUGAGACUUGUUCUGAGCGAAGAGAAUGAAGGAUUCAAGCGUGCCAGUAAAAAGAAGCCCAUUGUGAAAAGAGUCAGAAGAAGGGAAACAUAUUUUAUAGAGCCUUAUGGAUUUGACUUUACAGAGGCUAUUCUUUCUGGAGAUAAGGAUGAGAAGGAGAAGAGAAAGUUUGAGAUUGAAGUAGAGGUAUUCAGCUCUGAGAAGUUGGUGUCAAAUGACUUUGUUUCUCUGAUAUACAACUUCAAUGUUGAUCUUUGUACGCAAUAA